AACCUCAAGAUGGCGGCUGUGGAAGAUAGAACGAAUUCGAACCCUUUGGUUCAACCCUUGUUAACGGAUCUUUAUCAAAUCACAAUGGCUUAUGCUUAUUGGAAGAGCGGAAAAGUAUUGGACAAUGCAGUAUUCGAUUUGUACUUUCGCAGGAAUCCUUUCCACGGAGAAUUCACGGUUUUCGCUGGGCUGGAAGAGUGCGUUCAUUUUGUAAGAAACUUCAAGUUUUCAGAUUCAGAUAUAUCUUAUCUCAAAACAAUAUUACCAGCAACAGUGGAAGAAGAUUUUUACAAGUUUCUGAGAGAUAUAGACACAAGUAAGGUUACUCUAAGUGCUAUGUUGGAGGGAAGCAUUGUCUUCCCAAAAAUUCCUUUGAUCAGAGUGGAAGGACCACUACCAGCUACAAAUGCAGCUAGAUUUCGCCUCGCAGCUGGUUGGAAUAAAUCUUUGAUUGAGUUUGGGUUACGCAGAUCUCAGGGCCCAGAUGGAGGGUUGUCAGCAUCAAAAUAUUGUUACAUUGGAGGAUUUGAUGGCACAAGUAAUGUUUUAGCUGGAAAGUUAUGUGGCAUUCCAGUCAAAGGUACACAAGCACAUGCUUUCAUUACAUCAUUCACACCAGAUGAACUUCCAUCAGUUGGCAAACUGCAGCCUACAGAUAAGAGUAAGGAGCCUAGAGACUUUUAUCCUGUAGUGUUAGAUUGGCUGAAGAAAGUUUGUCCGGUGCUGCGUGUUCUGGAAGGUGAGGUCCAUGUCGGUGAACUGGCAGCAUUUUCAGCAUAUGCGGUGGCCUUCCCGGAGACAUUUCUAGCACUUGUUGAUACCUAUGAUGUGCUAAGGAGUGGUAUCCCAGGAUUCUCUGCAGUGGCAUUAGCUCUCAACGAUUUUGGCUACCGAGCUUUAGGGGUGCGACUAGACUCUGGAGAUUUGUCAUACACCUCACUACAGAUCAGAAAAGCUCUAGAAAAAGUGGCAGAUGUAUUUGGUUUACCGUGGUUUGCUACACGAAGUAUUGUGGCUAGCAAUGAUAUUAAUGAAGAUACACUUUUCUCUCUAAAUCAACAGGGUCAUGCCAUAGAUUCUUUUGGUAUAGGAACUCAUUUGGUAACUUGUCAAAAGCAGCCUGCAUUGGGAUGUGUCUUUAAGCUUGUUGAACUAAAUGGCGACGCUCGAAUGAAACUCAGCCAAGACAUAGAGAAAGUUACGAUACCUGGAAAGAAGGAGGCCUUCCGUUUGUACGGCGGAGACGGGCGGGCCCUUCUUGAUCUCAUGCUCAGGUGCGACGAGGUGCCUCCGUCUCCGGGGAAACGCGUGCUGUGCCGGCAUCCGUUUGAUGAGGCCAAGCGUGCAUAUGUGUGUCCUUCUCAUGUAGAACCUUUAUAUCGUGUCUACUGGAAAGAUGGCAAGAUUUGCAGCCCAUUACCACCUCUAUCAGAGAUUAAAGAAAGAGUGAAGGAUUCGUUAACAAAGUUUCGACAAGACCAUCUGAGAGCCUUGAAUCCUACGCCUUACAAGGUCUCUGUAAGUGACAAGCUGUACACAUUUAUGCACCAACUCUGGCUAAAUCAUGCUCCUAUUGGCGAAUUGUUUUAGAAAGCGAGAGCUUUUACAAAAUAUAGCUUCAUACAUCCACGUCACCUUACAGUAACAACAAUAACUUCCUUCUUCUAUCUUUUGUUAUUCGAAGGGUUGUACACGUCCAAAAAAAGCUUAAUAUUAUUUGAAAGCUCCUUUAAUUUAUGAAGAAUUGUCUGUUCGCGCACUUUUAAAUUAAUUGCACACUCCAGUAACAUAAGGAAAGCAUUAUUGUUAAUUAUGUUACAGCAAAUGAGAUUUCACAACAGAUUUUGCCAACGCACGUUUCGAAGAACUGAGUUAGUAUUUUUCCAUGUCAAUCGUGUAUUGUAAUAUUUUACAGGGGUACAGUAAAAUUUAUAUUUAUGAUCUGUCUUUUAAAAUAAUCAGCUGCAGAUUAGCAUAUUAUAUAGUUAUAUAAACCGCAAUACGCGAAAACAGAAAUAUUAAAUGUCAUCACGAUUUAUGAAACAUAAUAAAAGAACUUUUCUCAAAUGGUUCCCAUUUUAUUCAUAUCAUUGCAAAAUUUAAGAAAAAAUGACAUUAAGUUAGUAAAUGUGCUGGGCGAGGAGGGUAAAUAAACUGCCUAAGAUCUACUUAAUUAUUAAAUAGAUGAGGAAGAUAAAGACACUAAAUGCUUUAUAAGUUAAGAAAAUUGAAGAAGAACUGGUCGAUAAAUAAAUAAGUAGUGUACAACGAGGUUUUUAUAUAAAAGCGGUAGAAAACAUACAGUUUGAUUGAUUUAAUGUAAUGUAAUGUCUAUUAGUUUUCAAUAAUAUUUUAAAGAGGAAUCUUAAUUUUCCAGAACAUUAAAUAAAGAUUUCUUCAUUUCUUUUU